CCAAAACCUUCAGAAGUAUCUGGGAUUAGGGCUUUCACUUAUAUUCAUCGGCGAACUUGGUUGAGUUGAAAGAGGAAGAUGGGGCACUCCAACAUCUGGAAUUCUCACCCUAAAAACUACGGCCCUGGAUCUCGCACCUGCCGUGUCUGUGGGAACCCCCAUGGAUUGAUUAGAAAAUAUGGUCUGAUGUGCUGCAGACAGUGCUUCCGCAGCAACGCAAAAGAGAUUGGCUUUAUUAAGUAUCGCUAAGCUGUGGAUGACAGUACUAUUACAACCUUGAAGAGGAUUGUUUUGGUUUUUCCGAUGUCGGAUACCUAGAAGAUGAUAGUUCACAUUUCCAUUCAUCUUGCACAUCUUUUCUUAGAAACAGAUGUAAUGAGAAUGAUUCUUCCAAUCUAUGAUUGAACUCUUAUUUGGUUUCUGAACCAACAAGUUAGUUACAUAAUCUUGUUUCGGUAG